AUGCACAAGCAACUGUUUAGUUUCAUUUCUACAAUGUUCAUCUACAGACUUGUAUUUAUUGCGCCUCUGAUUUUGUUAUUGUUCAGCUUGGCCAAGGCUCGCCACCCCUUUGAUAUAUUUCAUUGGAAUUGGAAAGACUUCCAGGAGUGUCUACAAGUUAAUAAUCUUACCAUAGGGGAAUACGAGAAAUACGCGCGACUCGAGACUUUGGAUUACCUGCUCAACGAAAAAGUUGACUUGAGAUACAAGUGCAAUAUUAAGUGUCAGCUGGAAAGGGAUUCAACGCAAUGGUUGAAUGCUCAAGGCAGAAUGGAUCUGGAUCUGAUGAAUACCACCGAUAAGGCAUCCAAAUCCAUUACCAAGUGCAUGGAGAAGGCUCCCGAAGAACAAUGUGCCUACAGUUUUAGACUGGUGAUGUGUGCAUUUAAGGCCGGCCAUCCCGUAAUUGAUUCCGAAUAAUUGUCAAUUAUUUAAAUAUAUGGAAACAAUCAAAUUACUAAAAUCUUCACACAUAAGUGUUGCUAUUAGAAACGAGUGAUUUGUAGAGCUUAUAUAUCAACCAAAUUAAAAUUGCAACCUAGUGUUUACUUCACACCAGUUUA